AGAAGACUGUUAGAAAGAAUGGGGAGCGGCAGUGUCUGGGUUGAGAAGAAAGGGGAAAGAGGAGGGCACGGGCAGGAGGUUAGAGAACAAGGGAGGAGACCUGGGGUGGGGCCACCCGCAGCGCGAGAAGGAAUGUUUCCUUCUUGGGUGUUUGCAUCUUGGGACAGCGGGUCCUCCCAGGAAGGCCCCGGUAGAGGAAGUUUGCUGUCCCAGGGCAGCUGCAGAAGCCCCUCCCUUUCCCUGGACUCAUCCAUCUCCUCCACUUCAGACUUUCUGCACAGUCAUCUCCCUUCUGAGCCAGAGGCAUCAACCCCGGCUUCCCUCUACACUCCUCCUCAUUCGGGAUGGGCAACGUCCAGGAACGGCCGUCAGACGUGAUCCAGCGGGAGAGGAAACAAUUGGUGGAGGUCCUCAAAAACGAUUCGGGCAUCCUGCUGGAUGGGCUGAUGGCUCGAGGCGUCAUCACCGGGAGUGAAUAUGAGUCCCUGGAUGCCAUGGGCGACCCUGAGCGCGUGGUGCGCCGGAUACUCCUGAUAGUCCAGAAGAAGGGGGAGUUUGCUUGCCAGGAGCUGCUGAAGUGUGCAUCUGAGAUCCACCCUGACAACUCCAGAGACCCUUAUUGGAACUGGAGGCUCACACCAGAGGGAUAUAGUCAUCAUCACCAGAGGAGUCAUGACUCAUGCUGUGUGGAUGACCAGAGGAAGACUUCCUCUGGGGGUCCGUGCAUUGGGGUUCCUAACCCUGCAGAUGAGGAUAAGACUGAUGGUGGAGAGAGAUCACAGGUCUCGGAGGCAGCAGAAUUGGACACUCUUGAGGACCAAGAGUCUUCAAAGGAUCCAGAACCGGAGUCACAAAGCCCAGGAGACAACGAGUCGGUAAAUGAGGUUCUGGAAGAGCCAGAGCCGCAAAGCCCAGAAAACAAUGAUGUUCCAGAGUGGUAUGAGGAGCCGGAACCAGAGUAUGGAGAAGUAGGAGAAGAUGAUGGAGAAGAUGCUGCAGCAGAGGAGGAUUUCUGACGGAGCCAACUGAAAUGACCACUGCCCCCAUCCUACCUGCCAUACCAGGGAGUGAGGUCAUCAUUGGGGAGGACAGUGCUCAGGCUGGGGCACCCAGCCUCCUGAGUUCCUGCUCAGCUAAGGCUAGGGACCUGGGGUUCUUCCUAUUUCAUUUGAAUAAAUUUUUUUUUUUAGGCAAUUGGGGUUAAGUGACUUGCCCAAGGUCACACAGCUAGUAAGUGUUAAGU